AGCGCUAAAAGUCGUAAAGUGGCGAAGUGCGGAAGCGUGGUUUUACGGCGGUCCCGGAGAUGUAAAUCACAGGCGUUUUCGGCUUCUGCGUGCCGGUGUGGUACGCACGUGGGAAGGUUUCUGUGUUGGCAGCUGGUAAUUCUUGCUGCUCGCGUGGAGCGCCCACAUUGCAAGACGGAGUGACGGCGGAGGCCGGCGGCCGUGAGCUGAUGGAGUUCGCUGCGGAAAGUGGAGGGACCUCGGAAGGAGGUCUCCAGAGGGUAGCUGAGGGGGCGCGGCUCUGUCCGGAGUCAGGUAGGGAGAGAGCCAGGGACUUACCUGGGAUGCCAGAUGGACUGACAGAAGUGAGGAAGACAGAGGAUGAAGAGGAGGGGGGUGGGCAAAGGGCAGAGGAAAUGCGAAUGGACUUGACGGUUGUGAAGCAAGAAAUGAUGGACUGGUCGGAUGCAGAAGAAGGCGUGACGGGUGGCCAGGGGGUAAAGCAGGAGGCGGAGGAUGAGAAAGCAGGCGUAUUGGAGGUGAAGCAGGAGGUGGAAAACCACAGUUUGUUGGUGAAAAAAGAGAAGGUGGAUGAACUAGAGGUGAAGGAAGAGAAGAUAGACUGGCCGGAAGUGAAGGGAGAGAGGGAGGCCACGUUGGAGAUAAAAGAGGAGAUGUGUGUUGGGUCCAGCGUAAAAGAGGAGGAGGUGGUCGACGGGGAGCAUGUGAAAGAAGAGAAGGAUUUCCUGGAGAAAGAAGUGACGGAUGACUCAAAGGUGAACGAAGAGCCGCAGGUGAACGCCCCGGUGGGCUGCAAGCGGAAGCUGGCCAUGUCGAGGUGUGAAACUUGUGGUACAGAAGAAGCAAAGUACAGAUGUCCACGUUGUAUGCGAUACUCCUGCAGUUUGCCCUGUGUAAAGAAACAUAAAGUGGAACUGACAUGUAAUGGAGUUAGAAAUAAAACUGCAUAUGUUUCCAUACAACAGUUUACUGAAAUGAAUCUACUAAGUGAUUAUAGAUUUUUGGAAGAUGUGGCAAGAACAGCAGACCAUAUUUCUAGAGAUAUUUUCUUAAAAAGACCAAUAAGCAAUAAACAUAUGUACUUUUUGAAAAAUCGUGCCCGAAGGCAAGGUAUUAAUCUAAAACUUUUACCCAAUGGAUUUACCAAGAGGAAAGAGAAUUCAACAUUCUUUGAUAAAAAAAAACAACAGUUUUGUUGGCAUGUGAAGCUCUGCUUUCCUCAAAGUCAAGCUGAGUACGUAGAAAAAAGAGUACCAGAUGAUAAAACUAUUAAUGAAAUCCUCAAACCUUACAUUGAUCCUGAAAAAUCUGAUCCCAUAAUUCGUCAAAGGUUGAAAACCUAUGUUCACUCUCAGACUGGGGUCCAGAUUUUAAUGAAGGUUGAAUAUAUGCAGCAAAAUUUAGUAAGAUACUAUGAACUGGAUCCUUAUAAAAGUCUCCUAGACAAUUUGAGGAACAAAGUGAUCAUUGAAUACCCAACAUUUCAUGUGGUGUUGAAAGGAUCCAGUAAUGACAUGGAAGUUCUUCACCAAGCGAAAAGUGAAGCUACCAAGAACUUUGGCAAGAAAAAUUGAGCACUCCUCUGGAAGAAGUUGAAAAUUCCCAGACAGUUGGAGAGGACAAUGCAUUGAUGGGCUGUUGGGUGAUUGUGGUAUUGUUGUUGUAAUUUUUUGUCUGAAAAAUAAUUAAACAAUCUAAAUUUUUAAAAAUACAUUUCAUAACCUUUUUAAUUAAUUGGCUUGUAAGCCCCCCAUUCAUAUUAGAAUCCAUUUUUGCACCUGAAAAACAUAGUGCAUAUUAAGCUGUGGCUUAAUUCUAUAGGCUGAAAACUUUUUCUGUUAGUUCAGUGCAAUACUGUUUGUAGUACCAAGAGUAAUCUGUGUUAACUGCACAAUUGGCAUUCUGCUUAGUGGGACCUCACUAAAUAGAAAGACUGUGAAACACACCAUUUUAUCAAGGAGAACUGGUCCUCCACCAGCAUUCUAUAUUUGGGUUUUGUAUGUAACUUAACUCUUUUUAAGACAGCUUUUAUACUUAGGAAACUCCCAAUACAAUGCCACAAUGCCUUGUGUAAAUAAAUACUAUUAACCACAUUUUCUUACAUUCAGUUCAGAAUUUCAGCAACUCCACAUUGUUUGACUCUCGAGUGCCAACAGAUUUGACGGUACUUGUUCACAAACUUAUUGUCAAAGACUCAUUGACUUAUAAAUUCCAUUCUUCUUGUCCCAUUCCCAAACCAUUCACAUUAUUACCACAUGAGUGUUGUGGUGACCAGUUUGAUGCUGUGUUUUGAUGUGUUUAGCAGUAACUAAAGAAAAUAAAUGUUUGGAAUUCUUUAAUAAAUUAUUAAAAUGUAUAAAUAUGUAUGCAUAUUUGUAUGUUAAUUUAUAUCUAAUGGAAAUUCACAUAUUAAAAUUAGGGUUUCCUAAUUUUAUUGAAAUUUAUACAGUUAUGAAGCUGCAAUA